GCUUCUGGUGAAUGGACAAGAUGCCUCGUAUGCUCUCUGGGCGGAAAGCUUGGGCAGCUUCAGCUUGGAAGACGGAACCGCCUAUUUCCGCGGACCUACGGCCAUUUUGGUGAACAUCGGGGAGAUCAACGCCACAACCUCCACCAUGGAGGGACCGGGGCGCCUCCUCGAGGGUAACGUGGUGGGAGUCCCUCAGCCACUUCUGGUGCAACUGAAGGACCAGUAUGGAAACAAUCGCAUCGUUACGGGGUCAGACUUCCAGCAGCGGCGCAAUGGCAUCGCAGCCACGCUUGGUGACCGUGAGCUGGACACGAUCGUCUACGACAACGGGACUAUCGAAGUUACGGUGCUGGCAAUCCAAGCAGGCUACCACAAUCUUCGUGUAAGAAUUGGAGCAGGCUGCCUCUUCGUGCCUGUGCGCGAUCCUUGUGAAGACAUUUCGGGUUCCCCGACUGCGCUGCUCUGGUGGAAAGAGGCAGAAGUCUCCGAGAACGGAAUGACUUGCCAAACGCCCUAUGCAAUGGAGGCCGGGAGACAAUACCACUUCACAUGCACCGGACGCGAUGUCUUCGGCAACAUAAACAGAGAUCAUGAGCUGAAGCUGACCUCCUUCUUCAACUACGUCGCCGAUCCAGAGGGCUUCGAACCGCCGGAUGGCUGGUUCCGCGGCAACCUUAGCGAGAACUUCAAUCAGACCGUUGCGGGCAGCUAUCUGGCAUCAGAUGGCAGGUAUCAUUUCGACAUCACGCUGUACCGAGCCGGCUUCUACCAGCUGAUCAUUGAAAUGGUCAAAGUUGGCUCCGAGCCAGCCAUCGUCUUGGCAAGCAACGUGCUGGCGGAAGGACGUCCCGCUGGUGAAGCGACUUACGUGCUUGGAUUCCCGUCGCUGCCUUCCUUCAUGUCGUCGGUGGUGGGUGGCUUUGUCACGGCCGUCGCCAACGUGGCCAACGAGGUCUCUGUGCAGACACGGGACCGCUUCGGCAACGCAGUUGAAACCGCAAGCAGUGCCGAAGUGGUUGCACAACUGCGGGGACGCUCUCCGGUGCAGCUGUCCUUGCUGCAUCUCAUACAAGGUCGGUAUCGCGGGGCCCUUGUGCCAUUUGCCGCGGGGCCCACCCUUCUGGAGAUCCGGGUAGCCGGGGAAGAGAUCGUGGGCUCUCCGUUCGAUUUUCUGGUCACUCCGGGUCCUAUGGUGACCACACUCUCGCUUGUCGAAGGUUUCCCCAGCGAGCUCACUGCCGGUGUACUGUCAUGCUGGAACAUCACAUUGAGGGAUGCCACCGAGAACCAUUUGCUCUCCGGGCAGUUCGCGGGAGACCCGACGCAGCUCGAGCCUGUGACUUGUUCAGACCCUGGCUCCUACUGCUUCCAUACUCAGCUGAAUGGAACGUUCACUUGCUGCAUCAACAAGACAUCAGUUGAAGAAGUUCCGGCAAACUACUUAGUCGACACAUUUCCAUUCACCUGCCAAAUUCGCGGCGACAACAUCUUUGCACCAGAAAACAUCAAGCUGUGGCCACAUCCGGUGUCGCCCUACUGGCCGGACAGCAGCCUGAAGAUUGGCAGCGGUAUGCUUGGACCGUACGAUUACCCGACCUUCAUCAACGAGCAGUUUGGCUGGAAGGACUGGCCCACAAACUAUUUCCGUCGCGUGCAGAACGUUGACAGCGGGCAGCCGCAGCAUCAAUGGAACCGCUUGCGCUUGUGGUACACCGAUGGUUUCUACAACGUUUUUAAAGGUGAUAAUGCAGCCAUCUUGCUGUGCGAUGUCAAGGGCCCUCACUCACUGGGAGUCAAAACACUUGGACAGCCCACCCGACCGCUGUAUCGACUGCCUUACACCUUGGACCAGGAGCUCGGAGUUUUCGAGGUUGAGCUCAAGUUCGAGAAAGCCGGGUAUCACAAGGUCUUCUGCUCCACUGCAGCGCGCGGUGGAAUGAAUGUAGAGUACCGAGACACCGAUGGCAGUACCUUCCGGCGAGUUGUGGAGGGUGUCAACAUCUCUGCUUUGGAUCAGCUGCCUGUGGACGAGCAAGGAGGCUCAGCGCGGUGGGAUGCCCUGCUGUAUCCACCAACGUCUGCGAACUACACCCUUAUUCUUGUGUGUCGUGGAAGGGAUGCGGUGCUUAUCUUCAACUCAUCGCUUCGCGUCACCAUUUCGACAACGGAUGACACCGUGGACCAGGAGCAACUCGCGGUCAUUGGACCGCUAGACCUGCAAGCACAAACGGCGUAUUCGGUGCAAGUGGCUUGGACUUCCCACUCCCUCAGCUCGUCGGUGCAGCUGCGGUGGUCCAGCGAUGGUGGCAUCCCAGAGACAAUCCUGCCUGCGGAAUACCUCUACAACUCGAAGACGCUGCUCUCUGGUUAUCCCAAGACCGUGAACGUCUCCGACGUGCCUGGUCCAGUGGAAGCCUUCGAGCGAGUGCAACCGUUCCAGAACGGCAAGAUCCGACUUCGCUGGAUGCCGCCGCUGGAAUCCAAUGGCAGGCCGAUCAGCUCGUACCGCCUUCGCCAUGACGACGGGCUGGGCGGCGAUUUCACCAAGGAGGUGAGAGUCGAGGUGUCCUUCCUCACAUUUAGCGAAGUCAUCCCAGCAAGCUUCACGGAGGUCGAGGUUCCUGUCCCAGACUCAUAUGGCAACAUCGAUUCACUCCUGGACCCAACGAAGUUGUACCGUUUCGAGCUGCGGGCUAGCAAUGACGACCGUGCAGAUCGCGACUUCCAGGUGGAUGGAGGUGGCAUCUCAGAUCAGCCAGUCGUCAUAGCUCUGCAGCCGGUGGAGAAGGCUGGUGCUCCGCUGAAGCCUGUGCUUGUGGAGUCGCAGGAGCACGAGGACGGAACUGGAUUUAUCAGGAUUCGAAUCUCACCACCGCGAGAGACCAGUGGUGGGCUGAUGGUGCAGUAUCGUGUAUAUGCCAGCUACAUCCUGGAUGGCGUUUUCCCGCCGCUGGAGCUGUGGGCCGAGGGCUCGACCCCGCUGGAGACUGUGGAUGUAACGCUGACAGAUCUCACCGUCGGCCGGACCUACGUUUUUGAGGUGGCCUACCUUUUCUCGCAGGGUGAGUCUGCGAGGAGCCCUCCUCUGGAGCUAAUUUGCUGCUAUGCGGCGAUUCCACAAGCGCCGAGGAACCUUCGCCGGAAGAGCGACACUGGUGGACUUCCAGUUCAGACGGACGAUCGCAUCACGGUCAUUUGGGAUGCUCCAACCUUCGCUGGUGUCCGCGACAUCACCCACUACAAGGUGAGCUUGACCCCGGUCGUGGUUCUGCAAUCCAGCGAGAAGCUGCGCUCGUCCGAGGUACUGAGGAACACAAGAUCAGCCGACGAUCGCGAGAUGCAGUUCGACAGUCUCUCAGCAGGACAGACCUAUGCGCUCCGAGUGGCGGCAGUCUCCGGUGCCGGAGAUGGACCUUGGAGCGAAGAGGUGGUUAUGCCGGCUUCGGGCUACAGCACGGAACCGCGUGAUCUCCAUGUCGCCUUACAGUCGAACUCCUCGAUCCACUUUGCCUGGGGCGAGCCACUCCGUGUGGGCGCCGGCGGUUUGCGAGGUUAUUCCAUCUAUGCCAACGUCUCCACGCUGGCAGCAGCUCCUGCACCAUACCUUGUCGGGCAGACCGUGGCAGGUCAGAACAGCUUCAGCUUCACUGGCUACAGCUACGUUGCCACCGACGGCCGCCUUCGCAAUGUAGGUCUGAUCCCAGGACGGCUCUACGAGGUCUUCGUGGUUGCCGAGAAUGCAGCAGGAGUUGGCCCGGCCUCCGUGUCCUCGACGAUCUCGGCGGUGGCCGCCUCCAAGCCCUCUGCUCCCCAGGCCUUCGCGGUCGACCUCGAGGCGUUGAGUCAAGGAGUGGUGGACCUGUCCUGGCAGAUGCCUUCAACCGAUGGUGACUCCCCGAUCGAUGCCUACCGGGUGCAGCGCAUGAAGGAGUGGCCCGGAACCUUCCUGUCUCAGUGCUCCGUUCUGCUCAACAACUUGGGCGAGCCUGGUGGCAACUGUGUGAUUGGAGACUUCGCGGCCAAUGGCGUUGGGGAUACUGACCUCAUCGAGGAAAAUCCUGGUCAGGUGCGCAUCUACACUGGCCGCAUUGCGGUGCGGAACGUGGCACGGGAAGCCCAGUCUUCUGUGCUAUGCUCAAUAGACGUGUUCGGUGAUCCGCUUUUCCCCACGGCCGAGUAUGAUCCCGGACGCGACGAGCCGCCACUUAGAGAAUGUUACGUGUUGGUGGAGGUUUGUGCUGACGAGCCGGGAGACUGGCAUGACGCAGACAGCGACUCCUUUGACUGCGGAUGGUACGCAGCGGAGCCAGGACGGUGUGAGAUUUUCGGAGUCCGAUCACCGGGCCUGUGGAAUCGAACUGCCAGUGAGGCAUGCUGUGCAUGUGGCGGCGGCCUGAAGACGAACGAACUGAAGUUCUGCACCAAGGAGCCCGGUGCUAGGUGUGGGCCCUUGCUGGACGGAACAGUCGAACGUCAGGAGUUUGGCACUUGCGAGUUCAACAGCACCAUCCCUGCUUUCGGUGGCCUCAAGGCAGACUACACUGAUGGAUGCUCGGCAUUCGUUUUCCUCCGCCAGGCUUCAGCUGACCGAUUGCAUCUGACAUGUCACGACUCCAGCCGUUUGUACGUGCAUAUCUGUAAGCUGAAGCUCGCGCUGGCUCCAUUACCUGCAGCAGGCCACAGCACUUGGCUGUCGAUGUCACCCAUGCGUGCUUGGGCGACAAUUCCACUGACCCUGCUCGCUGCGGCAGACAGAGGAGCCAACUGGCCUCCCGUGGCUGCAAAGAAUGCCUUCGUACACCUCUUUGAGUGGUCUUGGCAAGAUGUGGCCAGAGAGUGUGAGGAGUGGCUAGGCCCCAAGGGCUUCUCAGCGGUUCAAGUUUCCCCGCCCAUGGAGCACAUCCAGGGCCAGCAGUGGUGGACCCGAUACCAGCCAGUGACUUACAAUCUAACCAGCCGCUCAGGCAACGAGAAGGAUUUCAGAGAUAUGGUCAGCCGAUGUUCCAAGGUGGGUGUCAGCAUCAUUGCAGAUGCGGUGGUUAACCAUGCAGCUGCCGGAAAUGGUGUUGGAACAGCAGGAAGCUCCUAUGGCGGCCGAUCAACUGCUAUCUAUUCUCAGGAGGACUUCCACCACAACCCUGAUGACACCAGCCGGAACUGUGGUGUGAGCAACUACAACGACAAGCAAAACGUUCAGUACUGUGACUUGGUCGGCCUUCCGGAUUUGUGCACGGGGUGCUCGCAAGUACAACAGGUCGUCGCACAGUAUCUCUCCAACCUGCUCCAGAUUGGCGUUGCUGGCUUUCGCAUCGAUGCGGCGAAGCAUAUGGAUGCAGGCGAACUCAAGAAGAUGCUCGAGCAGACGCAGGGUGGCUUGCCAUGGGUGUUCCAAGAGGUGAUCGAAGGUGGAGGCGAGGCAGUGACGCCGCAGAUGUACACUGACAUAGGCAAGGUGACGGAAUUUGGCUACUCGAGGCAGCUGGCCCCGAACUUCAUAAACGAGGGUAAGAUGAAGUAUUUGGACACCUUCGGAGAGAAGUGGGGGUUCAUGUCUGGUGACUCUGCUGCAGUCUUCUUGGACAACCACGAUACACAGCGUGGCGAGGCGUCGCUGACCUACAAAUCCGGAUCUCUCUACACCCUGGCCAACAUCUUCAUGUUGGCCCACCCCUAUGGUUACCCCAAGGUGAUGAGCUCGUACUACUUCGACGAUCACGACCAAGGCCCACCUGGCCAGCCAGUGCACGGCGAUUCGGGCCUCGCAUGCGGAGACGGUCAUCCCUGGGUUUGCGAGCACCGCCGGCCUGAGAUCGCCAACAUGGUGGCCUGGAGGCAGAGCGCUGGCACCGAAGGGCUGAAGGCGUUUCAGGCUUCAGACGAUGGGAACAGCAUUGUCUUCUGCCGCGGAGCUGCAGCCUGUGUCGCAUUGAACCGUGGUUCGGGCAGUUGGAAGCUCACGGCCAAGCUCACUUUGCCGUCGGGCAAGUAUCGGGACGUUGUUCGUGCGACCGACAUCUCGGCUUGUCCGAUCGUCGAGGUGAAGUCUGAUGGCUCAGCCGAUCUUGAAGUUCCAUCCAUGAGUGCUGUGGCUCUGCACAUCGGGGCGACUGAGGGGAGCCACAACCCGUUUAUCAUUUCAAUUUGUGCUUUGCUAGCUCGAUGUUGUUGGGCGCAAAGUGCGUGUGGGUACCCACCGGCAGACCGGAGUUACGCCUGUCUACUUCGGGAAGCUCGAGAGUUCGGUAUGGUCCGUGGCAGACACCAGCGGGGUGUGCUGUCGGCAGUGGAGGUCGUCGAAUGCAGCCGCGCCAUCGGCGGCAGGGCCGAGGUCACAGGUGUCAGCGACAUCGCCUUCAGCACCCAGCAGUUUUGCUACAUCGUCGAAAAGGACCAGGGAGGUUGGCGGGAGUUGCGUUCGGCGUCCACCUUCAGCACCGAUCUCUUCUACAGCGAUGUUCGAGCGGUGCUUAGCCAUCGUUACCAGUAUCGAGUCUAUGCCACGAAUGAGGCCGUUGCAGGUUCAGUGCUCGCGACCCCGGAAAUCUCAAUUGUGACUGGUGGUCUACCGGAUCCUCCGGAAACUGUGGUGUUGGGUUCUGACCAGAUGACAGUCCGCAUCGCUUGGAUCGAGCCUCCAGGACAAGGCCUGAAAGUGGAAGGCUAUCGAGUUUAUGUCGAUGGCAAGUUGGCUUAUGAUGGUGCAACAGACUCCGUCACAAGGGAGUUCACGUUGCUGAACUGCACGCGUGGAGAGCUGCGCGACCUGGCAGUGGCUGCCGUCAAUGCUGGCGGAGAGACCUUGGUGCCGACGGUCAUUACGCGACACUGUGCACGCCGGCCCUUCAAGCCCGAGCCACCAACCAUUGUGUAUGUUGACUGCGUGAAGGAAGCCACACCUGACAGAAUGUUGAUCGACAAUCACAUCCGCAUCGCUUACAAAGAGCCGGAAGACAACGGAGGAGUGCCGCUGACUGGCUGGCGCAUUCAGCGGGCACAGGGAGAAUCCUUGGCUUUCCGAGGCGUCGGCCCUCUGUUCCCCAUCCCUGAGAAUGAAGUCUGGUUUGACGACUUCAACGACCUGGAUGGGGCCGGAAAAAUCGGCUUAGUUUGGGGGGAAAUCUACAAGUACAGAGUUGUGGCAGUCAACGACAUCGACAUCUGGGACGACGAGAGCGCAUCCGAUUACACGAUUGUACGAUGUUCCAACGAGGCACCUGAGGUUCCGUGGUGGCUGCAGUUAAAUGCAUCCACGACGACCACCACAACCACUGCCGCUGACAAUCAGACUUUCGCUGCGGACUUGGUAACGGGCUUCGUUUGGAGUGUGGAGGCCACAACGACCACCACAACGUUGACAGCUAUGGAAAGCAGCUAUGCCUUUGCGAAACUGGCAGACGUGGACCCCAGGGACUGCUAUUUACCUCAGAAUGUUACCGAAGAGCCCUUCAACUUUUCCGCAACGAUCGUGGAGGCUUUAGAAGCCUUCGAUCCGCCACCUGCACCAACACUCUCCGUCGCUUGGUCCGCGUGCAACACCUCGGUGAGAAAAGGAGAUCCCUGCAAGGAGUUCUUCCCAGACAGGUCUGACGUUGUGGCAUGUGCUAGACUGGAGUUUCGACCCACUCAGCCGGCGAAUAUCUCGUGCCCCGUGGAGUGGUACGAAAUCGAGCGCAACGAAGAGCUGAUUGCCACAGUCCGGCCAUCGCAGAACGGCUUGGUCGAUGCUUACACGGCGGACACAUUUACUGCCUCCCACUACGAUGGCUUUUUUGGCACCCGAUUCACUUGUUUCCAGACUAUUCCGAAUCGCGACCUACACGACAAACAGCUCUACAGGAUCCGUGCCCAGAACUGUCGAGGAUGGGGUGCGUGGUCGGAGGAACUUCCAGUCCCAGUGGCUGCUCCGCCAGCGCCAGUCUGUGGCCUUUGGGGCUUCACCAGCGACUUCCAGUACACAUGCACUCAGCCGGGCUUGUCCGUGACUCCUUUGAACGACACCUCGGCAGAGUUUCAGUGGACCUUGCUCCAGGACGCACAGCUCGUGGAUGUGGCAAACAAUUUCUCGCGAAUACAGGCUGAUAUCGGUCAAGUGGGCCCUGGCGAUUUCGUGACCUUCUCACAGCAGCUCAUCGGCUCCUACGACCCGCGUGCCCUCCUCGGCUACAGACUGCUUUUGGAUGAUGGUUUGGGCGGACCCUUCCAUCUGGCCUACGACGGCAUCGGCAGGCGCCUGACGAAUACAGCAAAGAUCUUCGGGCUCAUGCCGGAGCGCACCUACCGCGCCUUCGUUCGUGCAGUAUCAUUUGUGGGCGAAGGCAACGCUAGUGAUAUGGUGUACUUCAAGAUGGCCAUGCCGCUCCCCGCACCGGUCAACCUUUCCGUCAGCUCCGUAUCAUUGAAGUCCGUCAUGCUGACCUGGAAAAUGCCAUAUGCCGAGACAGCUGAUGCCCUUCCGGUUUCUCAGUACAUCGUUCAGAUGGCCAUGGAGCCCGACUUCAGCAAUUGGUUCGACGUUCAGAAUUCGCCCGCCGACAACACGGAGUACAGCAUCCUGGUGACCCAGUUGGAGGCCGACUUCCGCUACGCCCUUCGAGUGAUGGCAAACUCAGAGAACGGCUUGGGCCAUACCUCAGAGUCGCUCUAUUUCUGGGCUGGACUGCUGCCGAACGAAGGACCUCGCCUCGUUCAGCGUAUUGAGUCUGACGCAGGCACUAUAAAGAUUCAGUGGGAGAGACCCGGCGGUGCCAUGCUCGGCACAGGCACACGCAUGGAAGCUGUCACGACAGAUUGGGGUGCCCGCGGCUAUAUGUGGGAUCCGGCCAUGGAGGAUCCAAGACUGGUUUUCGAUGGGCUUGGACAUGCCGACACCGUACAGUUCACAGUUGCAAAUGCAACAUGCGGUGGGCAGUACAAGGUUGCUAUGACCACCGUUACAACCAUUGGGGAGGGUCCGUUCUCUACUGCCUUGGACGUGACCAAUGCGAGGCUGCCCGGUGUACCUCGCAAUGUGGUCAUCACAAACACAACGACCUCAUCCAUCUCCAUCGCAUGGGAAGAGCCAGAAGACACAGGAUGUGUCCCAAUCCACCAGUACCGAAUCUUGCGCUACUAUCCCGAAGCCGGGUUUCGAGUCGUGGGCUAUGCCACACCCGCUGACGGCCUCCUGCAAGUGCCAGCUAACCGCACUUACGUGGACGACGGUCGCUGCUUCUUCGCUAGCCCAGCAGAUGACGACGGGUCCUGUACAUGUCCGCCAUCAUGCCUGCAAGCAGGUCAACUGUAUCGCUAUCAGAUUCAGGCAUGUGUCUUGGGAGCCUAUGGCGUGGACACCUUGGAGCUCCCCGAGGGCCCUCUGGGCUGUGGGCCGAACUCCAACACCGUCUCUGCCUACGCCGCGGACCUCUCUGAAGCCCCUCGCGACAUUCGCUUGGGCGAGCCCGAAGGCAGUCAGAUUCUUUUGUACUGGACAGCCCCGAGCACCGACGGCCUGAACGGCUCCAGCUUCACGUACGAGAUCGAAAUGGAUGUGGGUGGCGUUUUUACCACUUUAGGUCUGACGACAGACACCAGCUUUCUCAUCUCUGGCCUGCAACUGCAGUUUGCCUACAUCUUCAGGAUUAGCACCUACAACAGCGCUGGCUACGUGACGCGCUCCAAUGGCAUUGGCUACACUGCGACACUUCCGCCUGCUGUUCCGGAGCCAGCGAGCCCCAUUCCAAGGCCUUCCCCGGUCAGCAGCGCCUUCUUUCAGCAUCCUUCCAUGGCCUCGACCCCAGUGCCUGAGGGCGUGUCACUUCGCUUCAGCGCCACUGCCGUCAACGGUUACGCUUGGGCAAUGGUUGUUGAGAGCAGCAACCUCGACAUGGUGUCAGCGACAACGAUGAAGGAUGGUACCUAUGCCGUGGGUGGGGCAGCUUGCUAUCGGGCACAGCAGGCGGUUGCACGCGGUGAAGUUUACUUCUGGCGCUUGGGAAGUGACGACAACCCUUCAGAUCCAACAGGAUGCUUUUUAUCGCAUGGUGGGACCUACGCCAUCGCGACCUACGUUCAAAGCGUGGCGAGCUUCGACGCAGGGCUCAAUGACGGAACGUUGUCGGGCCCCAUCGAGUUUACAGUGGUUUCUGGCCUUUCGAACACUUUCUACAGCUCUCCGACGCUCAACAGUCCACUGACAGAGAGUGGAGUCACGCUGGCCUUUACGCCACGCCGGCCUGGAUACGGUUGGGCGAUGAUUUUGACGGAAGAACAGGCACGCUCAGCGACGAAGGAGCAUGUCUACAGAUUGGACGGUGCUUUGGGUGGACCUUUCUGCAGACAUGGUCCUCGACAGCUUUUUGCCAAUCGAGAAGAAGCGUGGGUCUUCUCAGGCUGCCUCCUGACAGUCGGCAAUCGAUAUACCGUUCUGGCUUACAUUUCUGGCAUUGGAGCACACCUGGACGGGACGGUUGACGGCGCUUCUUCAACUGCAACCAGUGCCAGCAACGCUUUCUCUACAUUCCCAACCAUCUCCGGCCCGCCAAGCGGAGAUGGUAUCACCGUGCAGCUGCGGACGAGGUCGAGUGGUUACCUGUGGCUGAUGAUCACUGUGGGACCCGUGGCACUUACCAUCGACCUGAUCAAGGCUGGCGUCGGGGCUGUGGGUGCCAGUACCUGCCGCGUGCUUGCAGCCACUCGCCAUUCGCUGAGGCAAUCCUUCGAUCUGUCGGAUUGCAAGCUCAAUUCUGGUCCCGAGUAUGCCCUGCACUCUUACAUUGAGGGCACGACAUCUUCAGGGAAUGAUGGCAGCUUUGCGGGGACAGUCACGUUCCAGGUCACUCCUUCGAACAUAUUUGUGGUCUACCCAUCCAUCAUCUCAGAGACCACAGGACUUGGCUUCACUUUCCAGAUGACCGCAUCCUUUGCUGGACGCUUCUGGUUGCUUCUUCGCGAAGGCAAUGCGGCCAUCACGGUUGAGGAGAUCAAAUCCGGCACCGGUGCACUGGGUCUGGCCGAGUGCCAGCGCAGCUCCGAGGUUUUGACGGCGUCACUUCAGGAGUUGGUCCUCACGAAUUGCCAGCUCAGCCAAGACAGACUCUACAGCUUGUACGUGUACAUCGAGGACUUUAAUGGCAACGGUGACGGCAUCAUCGCUGGGCCGAUCAGUUUUUAUGUCCUCGAGGCAAACAACUUUGAGGACUCACCUCUGCCCGUCGAAAACAGCGCCACUCUGGACGGGGUGCGACUAAGCUUCAUGGCCAGCAGAGAGGGCUUUGCUUGGGCAGCCCUCUUCGAAGACUAUGCAGAGGCCGUCCUGGGGAGGGGGACGCAUAUGGGCUUGGAGUCAGCUUGUGGCGAUUCAGGCCUUGGCCUAUUUUCUGGACGUCCCCACUUUCCUGGACCGGCAUGCGACCUAUUUACGGACAGCUCUGGAACGGUCGAAACUGUUGCAUCCGUGCUAGGGAAUCGCGUUCUGGCAUCUGCACCGAGGUAUUAUCCGACAAACAACGAAUCGUGUGCCCCAGCUGGGGUGCCCGUCCUCGCCUCUGGCAACAUCACGAACAUGACCCUUGCGGACUGCGGCUUGAACUACAGCGCAACGUAUUGGGCAGUGGUCUACAUUGAAGGCGGGAGAUGCAUUAGCCGAGAGCCUGAUGUGCAACCUACCCGGUAUAUAUGA